AUGCCUAAGCGGUCGCGAUCGGUGCUGCACGCGUACCUUCUCCCUCCCUCGAAAUGUCUCCAUGACGACAAGGGAAAAAAAUGCCAUGCAUCACUUGCUUCGAAAGCCACGGUUCUUGUAGCGCCUGUGACUGACGCGGCAGACAACGAGGUUGCGCUCCACGAUUGUGACAGCGGGCCUAGUGCAGCUGCAUUUGUUGUGUCUGAUGCAACUAACCAUGUUCCACGUAAGUUAUCCGAAGGUUGGCGAAUGGACGUCGACGAAGGUGUCUUGCUUGAUGAACCUUUUAUCCCAGAAGCAGAUCGGCUUGUCGGGCUACCGCCAUCGUGUCGCGCUGUACAGGGAGAACCGAAUUGGCUAGAACGCGCAUUGAUGCUGGCGCGCUGCCCAAGCCGGUGCAGGAAUGGAUUUUAUAUGAAUGGUGACAGUGAGCGCUUCUUCUGCCUGGUGCCGCCUGAGCCAACCUGUUUGCAUCCUGCAGGCACGACACAGGAGGAACAGUGCCACGCUGCCGCCGUUGCAAGCAUUGCUGCUGCCUUCUACGCCGCACCGCGUCCAGAUGAUUCCAGUUUUUUUUUCAAUGCUCCCAAGGCUUCCCGGGCGCAUUAA